AUGCGGCCGACGUUCGCACUGCUCUUCGCCCUUCCCGCGGCACUCUCACUGCGGCCGGCUUUGCGGCCGCCACUCGCUGCCGGAUACGUGCGGCAUGCGCGAUCCGCCACGCCGGUCGCUCUCUUCUCGGCGAAACCGCCUGCUCCCAAGAAGGCGGUGGCUGGCAAGGCAGGGGCCCGUGGUGUUGUAAAGCCCACCGCGGUCAAGAAGUCGGUCACAAAGCCUGUCAAAAAGUCGAUCAAGAAGUCGGUGCUCGAGCGAGUGGUCGCGCAAGUCGCUUACCGGGGCGAGCUGGUCCUCAUCUGCGGCGACGGCUCUCCAUACGGGUCGCCCACUGCGCUCAACACCGUCCUGCAGUUCUGGGCGCUGCGAUUGCGGCACACCCUCUUCGUCUCGGACUCAGCUGCAAGGCAACCUCCCCGAAGAGCCCUCGGCCGCCUUUGUGCGCGGCUCCGCCGAACAGUGCCGCAGCUCGCAUGCGUGUGGAGUUCCUCGAUCGCGCCAUCGCGGCCAAACAACCAAGGGCUGUGCAACCGAAAGCAUUGGGACCUGCGCUUCUACUUUUACCACGUCCGCAAGGCGCUCGUCGCUCGCCUGGCGGCCGCCGUUAGAUGCUGGGCGCUAGCACUGGUAUCCAGCAGCGGCCUCUCCGGGCCUGCCCGAGCGGCAAUUGUGCGAGAGGCGGUUAACCACGGCGUGAACGUGCUGCAGACCGAUACCGACGCCGCCUGGUUUGAAAACCCCUACCCUCUGCUCAAGCGGCAGCUGGGCGCCGCCAACCUCGUCGUCCAGCCGGACCUGCCAUUGCUCAAUGCCGGCGUCUUCUACGCGCAGGGCGCGCGGCGUGGCUCCGGCCUCGCGUGGGUGCUUGGGGAGGUUGCCCGGCGCAUCGACCUGUUUAUGCAUCACCCCGAGGCGGUCCGCCAAUACGUGCCGUGGGCGGUGGCGCCCUACUUUUCCAACUCGGACGAGCAGACCCUCAUGAACGAUGUGGUGGUCUCGGCGAUGACAAACCUGUCCUACUACGUCUUCUCGACGGCGCUGCACGAGUACCGGUACGGCGGGCGGAAGAAGAAGCCCUUCACGUGGGAGCAGACGGCCGAGUACGCGCUCAAGCAGCGCGCGCGCAAGGAGUGGACUGCAAAGGGGCAGGACGGGCCGCUCGGGAGGUGCGAGGGCUGGCCCGCCCUCGGCAAGUGCCUUUACCCGCUGAGGCCGCUUGGGGGGAGCGGUGCAGCGGGCGUCUCGUGGCUGGUCCGGGCACCGGUUGAGCUCUUCAGCCACUACACCGAGCGCUACCUCGAUACGAGCGGCCGCUCGAUCGGCGAUGUCGUCGACAGCGCCGAGGAGAGGGUGGCCGCCUUCGCCGAGGGUCGACCGGCGUCGUAUGCCACGCACCGGCGGAUGCCAGCUGUAAUGGCGCACCUAGCCUCCGUGCGUGCCGGCGCGUGGGCUCGCCGGGCGGUGCUGCGCGCUCGCGGCUGGUGGCACCCAGAGGCGGACGGGCUGGCCGCCGAAACGCUCGGGUGGGGGAGGCGACGGCGGGGCCUCUUGCGCCUGGCAGGCAGCAGCUCUGGCUUGGGCGCCUGCGACCCGCCCUCGAGCAUCGAGCUGGACACGCUUGUCGGCGCCCUCCCACCCUGCCGCACCUUCGCCCGGCCGCCUUGCCCGGUCGCCAACGACGCACACCCCCUCCCGCCCGCAGGCAACCUGUUGCUGCUCGGCGCACUAGGCGGGCUCGUGGUCGUAAUCCCCGAGACACUUUGCGGAUUUGAGCCUCGCGGUCGCGGCUUUGGCCUCGGGGGAUUUGGGGCUGACCUGCUGCGCACAGCGCCACGCCGCCUCUCUGGCGGCCUCGAGCAGCGGUGCGCGUGGGGAGGCCCCAAGCCGUGCUGGAUGGUUGAGUACAUCACAGAGCUUGAGUGGGAGCGGCAAGGCCGACCGGCGGCGAUGAGCGCCGCGGAAGUUGCGCUCGAGCCCAGGGUGGCCACAGUGCUGCGCGGCGGGGGCCUCAGCACCCUCGCUUCGUCGCUGAGGGACGUGACUGGCGCGCUUAUGGGGAGGCCUCUCCUACCGCCGCCUCCUCUGCAGGCCACACUCGGCGACCCGGAGCGCUGGGCGGACCAGAUCGCUUCGCUGGGUGUCACCGCCGGCGUGGACAUGCUUGGCCGCGGGGCGGCAACGUUCGUACGCAAGGCAAAGUCGGGGCUCUCGCCGGAUGGCGCACCGGACCGUGCUUGCAUCGCGUACCUCUUUGCGCAGGCGCACGCCCGGAGCACCAACGGAACCCGCUAG